UCGCCAGAACGCAUUAAACUUCCAAACUACUCCGCGCUGCUCAGUGCUUCACUCCAAUGCCGUUUGCUUGAUUCUUAAUGACCACCACCUCUUCGAAAUCUGGUCGGUCUCAUCGUCCGAAAUGCUGAAAUUUAUAUACAUGGAGAAGCCGAGAAGAAAACGGUGAAUCUUCAAAGUCUACGCCCUGUCGGCUGGGUUUAGGGUAAUGGCUCCGACGGAGUUGAAACCGCUUUUUUUGCAAUUUCUUCUGCUUCUGAUGUUGAUUUGGGUGUCCAGAAUAGGCGCCGAGGAUACUAUGUUCAACGAGUCAGGGCAUUCGGUUGUUUCCAGAAAUGAAAACCCAAAAGGUCGGUGCCCUCAUGGUUGGUUUAUUAGCCCAAACAAGACUAAGUGCUACGGUUUCAUGUCGGUCCCUAAAUCAUGGAAUGAAUCAGAGAGCCAAUGUAACGAGUAUGGUGGGAACUUAGCAGCACUGAUAACAUAUCAGGAGUUUAGCUUUGCGCAAAAUCUGUGUAAUGGAACUCUUGGUGGCUGUUGGGUUGGUGGCCGAGCGUUCAACUCCUCGAAUGAUUUUGUUUGGAAGUGGUCAGAUAAUGUUUCAAAAUGGAACGAUUCCAUGUUUCCCAGCUCAGCUUUGCAAUCUAAUUGCAAAAAUGUCUCGUGCCGCGCGAAUGAUUCAGUAGAAACAUGUACUUCGAUAUCUGGUGGAUUGGCAACACCGUUACUUAAGGAUGAGAAAUGCAACAGUUCUCACCCUUACAUAUGCAUGAUAGAUCUAGAUGGUAGAUGCCAUCACAUGCAAUGCCACAAGGAGUAUCUAGUCAUACUAGCUGUUGUGAGUGGGUUGAUAGUUUGCACGACGUUAGCUGUGGUGGUUUGGCUUCUUGCCUACAAGAGGAGCAAAAAGCGGAGAAGGUCUCGAAAGCCAUCGAAUACUGCAGCUUCUGCAUUGGUACCACCUUCAUGGAAGGUGUUUACCAAAGAAGAGCUAAGAUCGAUUACUAAAAACUUCAGUGAGGGAAACCGUCUUCUUGGAGACACGAAAACAGGUGGUACAUACAGUGGCCUUUUACCUGAUGGUUCAAGAGUUGCAAUUAAAAGGUUAAAGAAGUCCAGCUUUCAGAGGAAAAAGGAGUUCCAUUCUGAAAUUGCAAGAGUUGCUAAACUUCGUCAUCCGAAUUUGGUUGCCCUGAAAGGAUGCUGCUAUGACCACGGUGACCGCUACAUUGUUUAUGAAUUCAUUGUUAAUGGUCCCUUAGAUAGAUGGCUUUACCAUGUCCCAAGAGGUGGUCGAAGCUUAGAUUGGACCAUGCGAAUGAAAGUCGCCACGACUCUUGCCCAAGGGAUUGCGUUCCUUCACGACAAGGUCAAGCCACACGUGGUACAUCGUGAUAUCCGAGCCAGUAAUGUACUUCUCGAUGAAGAUUUUGGAGCACAUCUGAUGGGAGUUGGCCUGUCGAAGUUGGUUGCAUAUGAAGUGAUGCAUGAGAGGACUGUGAUGGCAGGGGGAACCUAUGGUUACCUUGCUCCCGAAUUUGUCUACAGAAAUGAGCUAACGACAAAGAGCGAUGUCUAUAGUUUUGGGGUGCUGUUGCUUGAAGUUGUGACGGGUCGAAGGCCUGCACAGGCAGUUGAUUCUGUUGGUUGGCAGAGCAUUUUCGAAUGGGCGACGCCCCUCGUGCAGGCUCACCGUUACCUAGAUCUCUUGGAUCCUCAUAUCACAGCCACAUCUACUUCUGAAAUUCCGGAGGCUGGUGUUGUUCAGAAGGUGGUGGACCUUGUGUAUGCUUGCACACAGCACGUCCCAUCCAUGCGCCCUAGAAUGUCGCAUGUUGUUCAUCAGUUGCAACAAUUGGCACCCUCACCUCUCACUAUGAAGUAAAACCAUCCAUCUGAUUUCAAGUUUCCUAUUGCAAAACUCCAACUUGGAAAGAAGCCAGUUAGUUUAGGACAGGACCCCUAGUAGCUAGCUAUAUUUAACCCAAUUUCUGAGUAGUUUAGAGCAUGUUCAGAAGUGUACGAGUCAAAAUCGUGUUCGGUAAUGCCUCUUAACCCUAGUCCCCUGCGUCCACAAUGGCACGACCGCACUCCACAUGGUCAAACUGUUGUGCAGUUCGAUCUGUAAUGGUGUAAUAAACACAGUUAUUUAACAUAGAUUAACAACUUCUAUUAA